AUGACAUCGACAGAUAGUCCCUCGACGGGUCAAGCGCACCAUCAGCUGCCCUUCCCCUUCUCGAACCAGGACGACUCUACGCCAGCUCCCCUUCUGCUUACUCAAGGCGCUGAAGCUCUCGUGUACCGCACCACCUUCCUCACAUCUUCUACAGCUUGCGCACUCAAGUAUCGACCGGCAAAGCCAUGGAGACACCGUACACUGGAUCUUCGAUUGACCCGCCAGCGCAUUCUCGCCGAAGCCAGAGUCUUGACCCGGUGCCGACGUGAGGGUGUGGCUGUACCUGCUGUACUAGGCCUCGAUUGGGAGCGCGGAUGGCUGGCACAAGAGUGGAUCUUUGGUAACACUGUUCGCAGAGUCCUGGACUGGGUGCACAGAGAGAGCGGCCUCAGCGACACGGACAAGAAGCAACAGGUGCACGACCUGUUGCGAAGGAUUGGCAGCGCUCUUGGCCGUCUACACGAGAGAGGUCUGGUUCAUGGUGACCUCACCACCAGCAACUUGAUGAUCCGACCCGAAGAGAGCACCAUCAGCGAAGACGACAGACAGAUUGGGAAAGCAGUCAGUAUAACAAGCACGGAUGGUGAGGUCGUCCUCAUCGACUUCGGUCUUGCUCAGCAGACAGUACAAGAGGAGGACAAAGCUGUCGAUCUAUACGUGCUGGAAAGAGCCUUUGCCUCGACACAUCCCGAGGUGGAGCAAGACUUUGGCAAUCUGCUGCAAGCCUACGGCGACAGCUACAAGGGCGGCAAGACAGUACUCAAGAGAUUGGAAGAUGUGCGCAUGAGAGGAAGAAAGAAGAGCAUGUUGGGUUGA